GUGGCACCGGUGGGGGGCUCCCUCCCUCCCUCCCUCCAUCCCUCACACACACACAGACUGACUGACUGAGAGAGAGAGAGAGGGAGAGGGAUAGAGGCGGCGUCGUCGUCGUCGAUUCCAGCGAGAGGCUUAAAUCGAGCCCGAGGCUUCCCGGUGGUUUGGAGGCCCCGCCGCUCUCCCUCGGGCUGGACGCACGCACGACCGACCGCUGAAUCUAAAGAAUCACAAUUCUGAGCAUGUCUGAAGAAUGAAUCCUCAUCCUUUAGUACUAAUUGGUGGGCAAUAUGUCAGACUGAUUUGCUGUCUUCUUUUAACAAUUCCUCAUCUACAAAAGGUGACCUGCUGUAAGGAAAAUGAGUAUUUAUUUCAAGGUCGCUGCUGUGCUCUUUGUCUUCCAGGCCACCGAGUGUUAAGACACUGUACAAACUUCUUUCCAACCUUAUGUGGGCGAUGUGCUGGUGGGACGUACACUGAAAGCUCUAAUCAAUUACCAACAUGUCACAAAUGUCAACUUUGCAAUCCAGUAACUGGAUUUCGGACUGUAAAGAAAUGCAUCCACACACACAACUCUGUGUGUACUUGCAAAAUAGCAUACUUCUGCAAAGAGAAAACACCCGAUGGCUGUCUUCGGUGUAAGAAACACUAUGCUUGCCCUCCAGGCGAAGGGGUUAAAGAACAAGGGACACUUCUGUCUGAUACUGUGUGUCAUAUGUGUGUUAAUGGAACCUUUUCAUGGAGAUAUUCAACUCACGAGCCAUGUGUAAAAUGGAGAGAUUGCGAUGCUAUUAACAAAAUUGAGGUAGCUCCAGGAACUCCACAUUCCAACACAAAGUGUGCAUACCCAAUGCCUAUAGUUCUGCCUGUUUCACUUGUGUUAUCCAUUAUUAUUGUUGGAAUAUUGGUGUGGUGGUGGAAACGUGAGCUGAGAGAUAGGUUUCGAAUUUUGCUGCGGCAACAUUUAGAUCGAAUCAGAAGAAUACAGCUUCGUGAGAACACUAGGGACACCAGAAAACAGUCCAGGAAAGAUUCUCUCACAGAAAGCCACAUACACUCGAUAAUAGAAACUGAGGGCAGUGCUUCCAACAUAAGCAAUAUCAGUGGGACCACCUUUGACACUUUAGGCACAGGGACUAAAUCAGGAUCAGAAAUCAAAUCAGAAUUGGAAACCUUAUCGAACAAAGCAGCUGAGAUAAGUACGUCACAUUUAUGGGGGAGCCUGAGAUUCGCAUUGUUCUAUGUAGAAAGACUAUUUGACAAAGGGAUAUUCCAGCUGUAAGAUGGUUAGAACCUUUAAUCUGGAAUAGAAUUAUUUCAGUGUUCAGACCCUGCACUGUAAGUGAUCACUUUAUACUACGCUCAGCGGGCUCUGCUCAGCGGGCUCCGGCCUGCUUCACGUCCC